CAUCGUACAGUCGCAAGCCGGUCGCCGGGCAGGGUGGAGGUGUGAUCGCUUAUAUUUUUCUCAUACAUAUAUAUGUGUAUAUAUAUAUACGACAAAUACAUACUUGCAUACAUAUCUACAUAUAAAAUAUAUAUAUAUACACACAUAUAAACAUACACGUAUAUACACGUAAAUGAUGGGUCGUACGUCGUGGGUCGCGAGUCGCCGCCAAGGAUAAACGUCGUUGGUCGUCGCGACGCCGCCGCGUAGUGUGCGCGCAGGUACAUAUACCUCGUUGAAGAAAAAAAAAACAUAAGAGAGCGAGAGGAAGCGUGUUGCUAAUAAGAAGAUUUCGCGAAUGAAAUUGUUAGGAGGAGUACAUGCGAGUGCGAAACGCGCGGGAGUGGCAAAAAGAAAGAUUUCAACGAAAUUUCGCGUACGAAAGACUACGCGUCGCCGGGCGUACGUAAAGAAGGACAGAUAGAUAAAUGUAUGGAUGGACGGAUGGACGGAUAAAUGAAUGGAUAGACAGAUAAAAUAUAUAUAAUAGAUAGAAAAAACAACGAAGACGAGGAUUACUACGACGACGAGGACGACAACGACGACGAGGACGACAACGACGGUGGUCGUGGUGAUGAUAGUGGCAAGAAGACAACAACGACAUCGAGUACGAGGAUAACAACAACAAUAACAAUAACAACAACAACAAUAAUAAUAAUAAUAAUAAUAAUAAUAAUAAUAAUAAUAAUAAUAACGCAACGACAACAACGACAUUACAUGCUAGGACGGUGCUUUUAUCGCGUGCGAUUUUUCGCUGUUACGCGCGAAGGUGCGUCGUCACAAAUGACAGGGAGUUGAUCAAUGUGCACGAAAUAUGGCUGAGGAGCUGCUGGUCACCCUGAACCGCGGCGACUCCUCUGGAUUCGGUUUCUCACUUCUUGGAACGGCGGGACUUCCUCACGUUAUUUACGACAUCGUCGAGAACUCGCCGGCUGCGAAGAGUGGCAAGGUCGAGGCCGGUGACGUCAUACUUAGGGUGAACGAAGUCGAUGUCAACCGAUUUAGUACUAAAGAAGUGCUGAAAUGUCUGCGGCUCUCAUCGGACCCCGUCACCCUGAAGCUAAGAAGGGAUCCCGCGAUAAAGGCGCACGUGCGUCGACUCCUAUCACCUGGGGAUGCAACGACCGAGGAGGAUGCAAGCGAAGUCGCGAAAUCAACCCGAGAAGGAAAUAUCAUCGCGCAAAACUCUAGAGACGUGAAAUCCUCAUCGAGUAGUGGUUGUGAGAACGAGGAAUCGAGAAAAUCUGGAUCGCCGGUUUUGCCCGUGGGUUCACCUCAAGGUCCUCAAGGUGCCACACAAUAUUCGACCAGAAGCAAUGGUUCCUACAGUGACCCAUCGGGUUCGUCCGACUUGGAAGCCCUUUUACCAUCAAUGGAUAGUUUCAAGGAAGAGGAACGUGCUCAGUGGGAGCCACUUUCUGGUGAAAAGUUUGGUCGUCAGAAGAACACGCCUAGGUUCGAAGCUUAUAUGAUGACCGGCGAUCUCAUGCUGAACCUGUCGCGAACGCAGCAAAGCAGCGGUUUCCUGCCGAAGUACCAGAAGAAGGUCGACUCGCUUAGGUACAACAAUCAUCACUCUCACCAUCACCAUAAUCAUCACAAUCACCACCAUCAUAACUCGGUACCUACCAGUCCUAACGAGAUGUUAGGCCAUCACCGUGCGUACAAGUGCACUGGCUCGAACUCGGCCAGCACCUCGCCGGUCGGGAUCAGCAAACGCGACGGCGGCCAAUGCACGAGCCAGGGCGACUCUAGCAAGCCCAAUGCCGCCGCGAGCAGUUUCGGUUAUUCGAGCGGCUUCGUCCGUACCUCGCGCUCCGAGGAUCACUUGCAAUUCCAAAAGGAUCCCUCGAUGAGCGCAGUGGACAUAGACAUUGACGACGACGUCACGUCCAGCCUGAAUACCCUGUUGGACACGCGGCCGGACAGCGGCCAGGGCCUGUCCAGCGAGAGGAUCGUCUGGACGUACAACGCGCCGGUCAGCUCGCCAUCCGCCUCGGAGCGCACCUCCUGCUGCCAAAAUGGUAGCUCCUCUCAAUCCUCUUCCUCCUCAUCCUCGAGUUCCUCCUCGAGCGGCUCCUCGACGGAGGGUACUAGUCCGCAGCGUUCCCUAUCACCUGCUUCCCCGACCUCGGUCUCGUCCUCCGUCAUGUCCUCCAAUUCUGGAUCCCGUAGGUUCCCACCGCCGGUACCGACCGCUCCGCCGGCCCUGGUGGGACCCUCGGGCGACGGGACCACCUCCUCGACCUCCGGCCUACAUCCCACCAACGGCGACCUCAGCCAGUCGGAGGCCAUCAGCAACAUGUCCAGUCCGGACUACAACGACGAGGAGACCAUGGAUAUUCUCAGUGUGCGCGACAUUAUGAUGGUCAGUGAUCCCAGUGACAGUGACUCGACGAUACUCGCGAGCGAGCCACCACAAAGGAGACUCAAGCCGAGUACUACGUCGAACACUACUAACGCACCACCGACUUCCUACGCUCAGCAACAGCAGCAACAACAACAACAGGAUUCUGCGGCCGAGCAUAGGAUAGUUAUUCAAGUUAAGGGACCGGACAAGGAUUCAUCUUCGAGAAAUGCUAGUCCGAGACAGGCAAGAAGAAGGACGGUUCCAUCUGGUGGUGGUAGCGCAUCGUCCGUUGAUCUAUUACCAUCGAACAUUUCGACGGUACAAAAUGCUGCCCAACGAUCCUCACCGUCGACUCUAAACUCUGGUAACGUUACUCCAGAGUUCGUUGGUUAUCAGGAGCUCAAGGAAAGUGAGGACGAGAGGGAGGCUUACAGUGCUGGAUUCUACGACGAUCAGAAACACAGUGGUGCUUCCCCACCUCAGUCGGCUGAUGAGGAAAGCGAUAUCGAGAGUCUCCAUAGCUUCCAUUACAGUCCAAAAGCGGUGGAUCUACCGUCCGCCGUUCGACUAGCUAAAAGGCUAUAUUCUUUAGAUGGCUUUAAGAAAUCCGAUGUCUCCAGACAUCUUAGUAAAAACAACGACUUCAGUAAAGCGGUAGCCGAGGAGUACUUGAAAUAUUUCAACUUUGAACGAGACACGCUGGACGUGGCUCUCAGAAAGUUCCUUGUUCAGUUCUCUUUAACGGGGGAGACCCAAGAAAGGGAGCGAGUUCUUGUACAUUUCUCUAAGAGGUAUCUUGAUUGUAAUCCCGGCACGUUUAACUCUCAAGAUGCAGUUCACACAUUAACUUGUGCUAUUAUGUUGCUAAAUACCGAUCUUCAUGGGCAGAAUAUCGGUAGAAAAAUGUCAUGUUCGGAGUUUAUAGAAAAUUUAUCAGAACUCAACGACGGUGAUAAUUUCCCUAGGGAGGUGCUAAAGCAACUUUAUAAUGCUAUCAAGUCUUAUCCCUUGGACUGGGCUUUGGAUGAUGAGGGCGAUGAAACGACGACUCAGGUGAUCCAACAGGGUGAUGGACCAGCGAUAGCUGGUACUGGAAAUCCGUUUCUCGAUGUGCCAAAUGUUACAGGUGCUACGGAGUUCAAGAAGGGUUACGUUAUGCGCAAAUGUUGUUAUGAUUCCAAUGGGAAAAAAACUCCAUUCGGGAAGAGAGGUUGGAAGAUGUAUUAUUGUACAUUGAGAGAGCUUGUAUUAUAUUUACAUAAGGACGAGCAUGGCUUCCGUAACGAUAGUUUGCACAAUGCGAUACGUAUUCAUCAUGCAUUAGCGACGAAAGCGUCGGAUUACACGAAGAAGCAACACGUUUUCAGGCUACAAACUGCCGAUCAAGCGGAAUAUCUUUUCCAAACGAGCGAUUCCAAAGAACUACAAUCGUGGAUCGAUACAAUCAAUUUUGUAUGCGCCAGUUUCUCAUGCCAACCCCUCGCAGGAGCCGUCGGUUCUCAACGAAAAUUUCAACGGCCUCUGUUACCCUGCAGUCACACCAAAUUAUCUCCUAGAGAACAGUUGCGGGACCACGAGGAUAGAGUUAGCAGACUGGAAUCCGAACUGGAUGAACAUAAACGGCAUCCUCCGGAAAGAGGAGCUAAAGCUUUAGCCGUACAAAAUUAUAAAGAGAAGGGUGCAUAUUUACAUCACGAGUUAAAGAGGUAUAAGACGUACGCCUACUUGUUACGUUCAAGACUGGCAUUCGCAGAGGUCGAACCAUCUCUGGUAGAGAGCAGUAUCGGUGAAGUGGAUGAAGGAAGCGGUGCUUUGUUGAAUGCUGACGUAGCGUUAGUACCUCCUCCAGUUCCUGAUCGACCAGCCAUAAAUAGGUACAGUUACAGGGCUGCCAUUUACAACCGUAAUCUUCUAAAUGGUCAGGACUACUGCGGGGAUAUUGGUUGACGUGUGAUGGGUGUAUUUUCAGCAUGUGUGGUCUAAUCCGUUGCUGCUCUACAAAUAUGCGCAGCUAUACGGAAAACAUUAGCUCAAAAUUUCUAAGAGAUAUUAACCGAUUACUAACGAUGUAUUCGAUUCCAUCACUUGUUAAGUACUGUACCUUAUUGUACCUUGUACUCACACACAUUAUCUCUUUUAAUACAUAUAACCAUCAUUUAAAACAGGCGAUCAUUAAUACGGUAGUUAUAAUAUUCGUACAGCAUUAUAUAAUCAAUCAAUCGAUGCAGCAGAUUUCUAAAAAUGAAUUUCCAACGAUACGAAUCAUUCCUGAUAAUUUAUUCAAUUAAUAAAUUUCAAAAUUUUCUAAUUAUCUCGAUAGAUAAUAUAAAUG